GACCGGUUUGUCGCUGCUUCUCCAGCCGUCCUGCUUGACUGCUGGACUUGUUGUCAAGUCGACCUCCAGCCUGAACGACAGCCAAACCGGCUCUGAGGCAGAGGGCGCGCCAAUGACUCCGGACCCGGGCUCGUGCACUUCUGGCCUCAACCGGGGCCUCGUCACGCCGCCGGGCUCGACGAACGAGACCACCGCCGCCGCGGCUGCGGCAGCGGCCGCCUUCUCGGCCGUUCAGCGCUGGCUCGCUUCGCCCCACGACUUGGCGGCCGCGGCCGCGGCCGGCCUCUCCACUCGCCUUCUCCCCUCGACCGGGACGCCCGACCCAACUCGCUUGUGCGCCGACUCCGCCGACCCGCCGCCGCCGCCGCCGCCGCCGCCGCCGCCUGGCCCGGCCGCGCCUCGGACGCAGCAGGCGCUCGAGCCCGAGGCGUCGCGGACCGGAAUCCUCCCGUUCCCCCUGACGGCGGCAGCCAUCAUGGCCGCCGCCGCGGCCGCGGCCGCGGCUGCCGCCAGCUCCACCGCGGGCUCUCCGGCCGCCAACCUGCCCACGGGGCCGCCAGGUUGGCAGACGCCGCCGGGCGAUCUGCCCAGGCGCGAGGUCGUCGAGCAGAGUUUGGUCGAGCUGAAGGCCGUCUCCUACGGCCAAGGCGAGCUGACGCCCGGGCUCGGCCUGACGCUGGGC